AGAGCUUGUUAUACUGAGUUUAUACAAAAAAUGUACUUGUUAUAUUUAUUAUUAGUUGUUUGCCUUGCACCUGCACUUGCAGAUGGUGAAAGAAAAUUAAAACUUUCAAACAAUACUAUUCAAGUACCAAUCGCUAAACCUCCUUCUGGCUGUACAUGUGGAAUCUUUCUAAGUGGUCAAUUUAAAAAAGGCAGUAAAGAGAAACCUAAUGGAAAUCCUGCACUGGUCCACGAUCAACCUGGAAUAUUUCCAUGUACUCCAAGUGGAAAUAGACAGUGCAUAAAUAAAUGUUUGGACACUAUCAUCAAGUAUCUUCCAAACAGUUCUACAAUAUUAUGUAGUUCAUUAGAACGUGACUGUUCUAAGGAAAGAGCUUAUUUAUUUAUCAAGAAUUGUAAACACGAGUGGAUUAACACAAAUUUAUCUGCUGCAAGAGAAUAUUGCUGCAAGAAUGGAGCACCAUAUAAAUGUCCGAUACGUUAAAAUAUCCGUGACAUACUUUUUGUAGUUUUUUACUUUAUUUAAAUUGAUGAAUGUAAAACCCCUUUUAUUUAAUAAACACGUUCUUACUUCCUCCGAAACUGUCUUAUUGAAUGUC